CUGGGCCUCCCAUACGCUGUCCCUCCCUAAUGCCUCUUCCCGCAGGGCUGCUGGCAGCAAGACCUCCCCUGGGUCCCACCAGGCCCUGGGGGCGGCCAGGCCCCCCGGACACUUGGCUUCUCAAGCAGAGCUGCCACCGGCCAGCGGGACAACGGGCCGGGCCAGAGCCGGGCAGCAGGGGGCUCCCUGAAGGGGUGGAGUACAUCCCCACCCGCAAGAGGGGCAAGAAUCCCAUGAAACCGGUGGGAGUGGCCUGGUACAACCUCUACGCCCGCACACGCCUGGGCUACCUCUUCUACCAGCGGCAGGUGAAGAAGGCCCGGGAGCGGUACCCCCAUGGCCAUUCCGUGCCUCAGCCCUGCUGCUUCCCUGGAGUGAAAAUCCUGCCCAUUCCCGUGCUCUCCAACAACUACAGCUACCUGGUCAUCGACACUGGCUCCAGCCGAGCAGCCGUUGUCGACCCCUCUGACCCGCUGGCUGUGCAGGCUGCCAUUGAAGAAGAGGGGGUGAUGCUGGAGGCCAUAUUCUGCACACACAAACACUGGGACCACAGUGGGGGGAAUGCAGCACUCUGCCAGAAGCACAACUCCUGUAAAGUGUACGGCAGCGCUCUCGAUGCCAUCCCACAGCUCACCAACCCACUUGCGGACAGGGAGAAGGUGAGUGUGGGCUGCCUGACCUUUGAGGCGCUCGCCACACCUGGCCACACUGUGGGCCACAUGGUGUACGUACUGGACGGGGAGCCCUUUGGCAGCCCCCCCUGCCUCUUCUCCGGGGACCUCCUCUUCCUCGCUGGCUGCGGCAGGCCAUUUGAGGGCUCCCCCGAGACGAUGCUCGCCUCCCUGGACGUGGCCAUGGGCUUGGGUGAGGACACACUGCUGUGGCCGGGCCAUGAGUAUGCACUGGAGUGCCUGAGUUUCGCCAGCCUCCUGGAACUGGACAAUUCUGCGCUGGAGCAGAAGCUGCAGUGGGCAGUGCAGCAGCGCCAGGACAAGAGGAGCACGUGCCCCUCCACACUGGGGGAAGAGCAGACCUACAACCCUUUCCUGCGGACACACCGGCCAGAGCUGCAGGAGGCACUGGGACUGUGGCAGGAUGGGGGAGAGGACCCCGACGCCUUCCGCGCCCGCGUCCUCAAGGAGGUGCGGAGGCGCAAGGACCUCUACCAAGCCACCUAGAUCUCCCCUCCCAGGAGCCCCCCCUUUCCAUGGAGCCGGGUGAUAUUUGGGCAAAAGGGGCCCAAGGCUCUGUGUGUUUUAUUUUGCUGUGAAUCUCCCUCCUGGGGUGCAUGGUUGGGGGGGAAGAGUGGAUACCCCUUUACGUGGGCACCCCAUAAGUGAUCCCUCCCUUUGCUCCCCUAGACCUGGGGGUCACCAGCUGUCAUGUAGAAGCACCUCAAUCCCCUUUCUGGGGGUCUGUAGCCCCCUGCCCCACUGCUAGGGCUAUAGUGAUGGCACCAAGGGCUUUUCCUAUCCCCCCUCCCCCCUCCCCGUUUUUCUGGGAGUCUCCAAUUUCACCACCACCACCACUACCACUUGGCUCCCUUCCCCUUACCCUGGCAGCCCCCAGUGCUGUGCAUCUCCUUUGGAGACUGUGAUGGUAAGGGGGCAAGGGUAGGCGGGGGGCAGUACUACCUCCAGGCAAGGGGCUCCUCUCCAGCACCCCAUCCUUGACGCUGGAGCCCCCCCUGCACAUGCACACACACACACAAAACUAGGACAAGGCCAUGGGGUCACACUGCUGUGGGGUAGGGGGUGCUGCUGUGCGGGAC